ACCUCCCGUUCUUUCAGUAGAAAUUUGUGAGUAAAGACACAUAUACUUUUAUUUACUGCCCAUGGGUCAAACAUAAUGGACGCGAUACUUACUGCCACAAUAUUCUUAUCAGUUUUAAAAGCUGGACAUGGUUUCAAUGUUGAAACCACGGCUUGGAGGACCCUGAGUAACUCUGCUGCAGGUUUUGGUGCAAAGGUGAUACAAAGACGAAAUGACUUGCUGGUCAGUGCCCCCCUGGAGCAGUACUCACAAUCAAGAGGAAAGAUCUAUAAAUGCUCCACCAACUCCUGUAAUGAAAUUCAAAUCUCAGUGCCAAGUUUUGCGGUCAACAUGUCCCUUGGUAUGUCUAUGGCAAUGGAUCCCAACACACAAAACACUAUGGUGUGUGGUCCAACCAUUCCAAAAGACUGCAAAAGCAUCACUUUGUACAAAGGCACAUGCAUACAAAUAGACAGUAACAACAAUGUUGGAAGUCCUGUGCCUUCAGCCAUUGGUGACUGUCCAUCUCAAACAGACAUUGCUUUUCUGUUGGAUGGCUCAGGCAGUAUAAGGCCUCAUCAGUUUACUAGUAUGAAGCAGUUUCUUCUAAAUCUGGUUGGCUCGUUCGUGGGAAAAGAUACAAGGUUUGCAAUUGCCCAGUUUUCUUAUAAACCAUGGUUUAAAGUCCAUUAUUACUUUAACGAUUUUCGUGUCACUGGAUCAUGGCAAUCACAAAUUAAUUCUAUAACCCAACUGACUGGUGCAACCUACACAGCUGAUGGCAUCAGACGUGUUGUCAAUGAAGUCUUUGUAGCAAAUCGUGGUUCUCGGCCUAAAGCGAAGAAAGUGUUAAUUGUGAUUACUGACGGAGAAUCAAAUGACUCAGGAGACUUGAGAAGCGCUGCUAAUUCAGCUGAGGCCAAACAAAUUAUUCGAUUUGCUAUUGGGGUGGGGGAUGCAUUUAAUAGGCCUUCUGCAGCAAAUGAACUGAAUACGAUUGCAUCAUCACCAACAAAUGACCAUGUCUUCAGAGUGGAUAGCUUUGAUGCCCUUGACCAAAUAAGGAAGACUUUGCAGGACAGAAUCUUCUCUAUCGAAGGAUCUCAAUCAGGUGGAGAGUCACUGAAAAUGGAAAUGGCUCAAGAGGGCUUCAAUGUUGCUUACGUACCUGGGGGAUUUCAGAUGACCACUAUCGGUGCUAACGAAUGGAAAGGAGGCUUUCAGCAAUACUCAAACACAAACCCUUACACUUACGGCCCUACGUCUAUGGAGUCUGACAGUUACCUGGGUUACUCCAUAGCAGUUGCCAAAACAAGACGUGGCACAUUUACAGUCGUUGGGGCACCGAGAUACCAACACAGAGGGGUUGUGAUGGCAGUGUACGGACAAAACAAUUACAGAAAGAUUGAUCCAUUUCCAUAUCAGUUUCAAAGUGGUGAAUAUUUCGGGGCAGAGGUGUGUGCAAUGGAUGUGAAUGUUGACUCCUACUCUGACGUAAUCCUGAUAUCUGCACCGAUGCAUGUGGAAAACGAUAGAGAAGGAAGAGUUUACGUUUGCGACAUAUUCAAUUUGAACGUUGAGUGUCGUUUUGAUUCUCCAUUAGUCCUGAGAGGGGCACCUGACAAAGGGAGGUUUGGAUCCUCUCUUGCUGUACUGCCUGAUGUGAACAAAGAUGGUUUCAAUGAUUUGGCAGUGGGUGCACCUCUGGAGAAUGGGAGGCAGGGUAGCAUCUAUAUUUUCCACGGUGAGGGGGGAGGAAAAAUCAACCCUACAUAUUCACAGAGAAUCAUGGCUUCAGACGUCGGCUCAGGACUGAACUAUUUUGGCAUGUCCAUCAGUCCAACAUCUUUUGACCUUAGUAACGACAACUUACCUGACUUGGCAGUGGGUUCAAAGGGCGCUGUUGUCUUACUCAGAUCACAACCUAUAGUAAUGAUAAGCACCACUGUGUCAUUCAACCCAAAAGAAAUUUCCACUCAAAACCUAAACUGUUCAAAACCAAUGGAUGGCACUGCCAGGGUCUGCUUUACUAUGACCACCAAGUCUGAAAUACAGACAGCUCAAGCAAAUAUUAAUUUUACUUUCACAAUGGACGCCACCCACAAGAGCCCAAACAACCGAGCGUACAUCAGCGAGAAACAACAAGUGGAAGCUAGAACAGUUCAGCUAAACUUAGACCAGCAACAGUGCUCUGACAUUAAGUUCUUUAUUGAGGGUUGUCCAGAAGAUUCCCUCAAUCCUCUUUCUAAUGAGCUUCGAUACAUGUUUAAAGGUUUGCCUUCCAGUUCCAACGAAAAUCUCAGGCCGAGUCUCCUCCAGCAGACUCCGCUAGUAGCCAUUCAUCAGUUGGGGUUUGAGAUCAACUGUGGCACUGACAACAAGUGUGUAGACAACCUGAAAGUGGAUUUCAAUUUUACCAGGUCCACAGAGGUCAGAGUGGGCAUCGAUGAACUGCUCAAUCUCACUGUGUCCGUGGAGAACACAGAAGAAAACUCUUACAACAGCCGGGUCAUCCUCACAUACCCAGCAGAGCUCUCCUAUAGAAAGUUCACUGCAGUCCAGGGAAGAAUUGAAUGCAACUCUUUUGACAGUGAAGACGGCUUAACACGAGGAAGGACAGAUUGUACAAUUGACGAGCCUAUUUUCAAAACCAAUGCCAAGGCUCUUUUUAUUGUUUCCUAUGGGAUUGACACCCAGAGCCAACUCGAUAGGAGGAUUUUUUUCACUACAAAUGCCACAAGUGGGAAUAAGGAACACUCAACAGCAAGUGAGCCAUACAAAAGCAGAUGGAUUGGUGUGAAAUACAGCAUUUUUAUGACAAUUGAAAGUACACUCAGCUACAGUAAUUUCACCUAUGGAAAGAAUGAUUUGGAGAAACCGGUCCAACAAAAAAUCAAGGUCUCAAAUGACAUCAGAGCGCUUAAUUUCACUGUGGUGAUCAGGGUUCCGGUAAAGCUUGGUGAUAAGGAUAUCUGGACCGACUCAAACAACUUGAAGAUUGAAGACUGCGUAAGAUACAAAAAUGAAGAACCUACUGUUACUGAUUUUAUUCCACAAAUACAGAAAAAUAAGUUAGUGGACUGUUCUGUGGCUCGGUGCUCAGUCUUCAGAUGUACUCAGUUCAUGGGACGACUGGUCAGUAAACAGUACGCAAUCUCAGCCAACCUCAGCUCAGGCUGGAUAGAGCAGAUUGGACUUAAAUCUGCUAAAUUCCUCUUGACCAGCACAGCCAGUCUGGAGUACGACCAAAACCAGUACAUCUUCUAUUCACCUGGGUCUAAUAACAACGCUCCUGUUCGCAAGAUUGAGGUGGAGGUGGAGGUGGAGGUGGAGGUGGAGGUGUAUUCUAAACGAGACUUCACCAAAGAGAUCGUUGGAGGAUCCCUUGGGGGCUUGGCCUUUCUAGCUUUACUCACUGCUGGCCUGUAUAAGGCUGGAUUUUUCAAGAGUAAAUACCAGGACAUGAUCAAAAACUAUGCAGCGGGAGCAGCACCGGAGGCUGAUUUAGAUGCACCACCAGCACCAGAAUCACAAACUUCGGAUAAAAUCAGUUGAUGUCCCAAACACACCGUCCAUUUCCUGACUGAAUACAUUCACAGAUCUAAAGAUUUAGAACGGGGGGGGUCAAACUCUUCUUAGUCCAGGGGCCACAUUCAGCCUAAUAUGACAUAAAGUGGGCCAGACCAGUAAAAUAAUAUAAAUAAUAGGAUAAGAACUUUUGAGUGAAAAAAGCAAAUUC